UUUCCCACUUGCAUGUUUUGCUUUUCUUCUCCUUCAAUCAAUGACUUGCCUAUGCAAACUUCUUAGUGUUCAAAUUGAAAUUUUCUACUUGUAGCUGCUUUUCUGGUUACACUGAAAAAAAGAGAGACAAGAGGGUGUUCUGUGUUCUUGAGCACUGUGUUCAUGGGUUGCUGCUUUGGUGUACAGAUUAAAGCUGAGAGCCCUCCACGCUGUGGUUUGAAUUCAAAGAAUGGUAGCAGAGAAGAGGAAGGUUUGAGUGGUUCAAGCGGCAAGGUCUCCACUUCACCUGUGCUUCAGACUCCUCGGAGUGAGGGUGAGAUAUUACAGUCCAACAAUUUGAAGAACUUCACAUUCAAUGAGCUAAGAACUGCUACAAGAAACUUUCGUCCAGAUAGUGUGGUGGGUGAAGGUGGAUUUGGUUGUGUAUUUAAAGGGUGGCUUGAUGAGCAGACACUUGCUCCUACUAAACCAGGGACAGGAAUUGUCAUUGCUGUGAAGAGGCUUAACCAAGAGGGUUCCCAGGGACACAGUGAAUGGUUGACAGAAAUCAACUACCUGGGGCAGCUGUAUCAUCCUAAUCUUGUGAAACUGAUUGGUUACUGCUUAGAGGAUGAUCACCGGAUUUUGGUAUAUGAAUUUUUGACCAAGGGCAGCUUGGAUAAUCAUUUGUUUAGGAGGGCUUCUUACUUUCAACCACUCUCUUGGAAAAUCCGUAUGAAGGUUGCUCUUGAAGCUGCCAAGGGUCUUGCAUUUCUUCACAGUGAUGAAGUAGAAGUAAUAUACCGAGACUUCAAAACUUCUAAUAUCUUGCUUGAUUCUAACUAUCAUGCAAAACUCUCUGAUUUUGGAUUGGCAAAAGAUGGACCAGCAGGUGAUAAAAGCCAUGUCUCAACAAGGGUAAUGGGAACCCUUGGCUAUGCAGCUCCUGAGUAUAUAGCCACAGGUCAUCUAACCAAGAAGAGUGAUGUAUAUAGUUUUGGGGUUGUUCUUCUGGAAAUUAUGUCAGGCAAACGUGCAUUGGAUAAAAAUAGGCCAUCUGGGGAGCAUAAUUUAGUUGAAUGGGCAAAACCAUUACUCAGCAGCAAACGCAAGAUCUCUCAAGUUAUGGAUGCACGUAUAGAAGGCCAAUACUUAUUACGUGAAGCAAUGAAAGUAGCUCUACUUGCAAUUCAAUGCCUCUCUGUAGAACCAAAAUUUAGACCAAACAUAGAUGAGGUUGUGAGAAUAUUGGAGCAACUUCAGGAUUCUAAAGACACAGAUGGAGUGGGAAGCUCAAACAGCAAUGGUUCAAAACCACAUAGAAAAAGUAUCAACGAGUCUUUGAAUGGAGAAGGAACUUCUAAUAAUCCAAGUUCAUCUGCUUCUCCUCUUCGUACUUAGAAGAAGAGAAAAUACAUGGGAUAUGCAUUUAGCAUACCCUCAGUUUACAUUGUUUUGAAGAAAUAUAUAUAUAUAUAGAGAAAGAGAUGCUACUUUUUUGUAUAGCAUGAAGCCAAGCAUGUAUGGUUGCUUCACAUAUUUUGAUUCUUUUGUGUUAAUGAAUUUUUAAAUUUCUUGUGACAGUUUGAAUGAGAACUCUAUCAAGAAACUUAGU